GUGAAAAUACCACUCUUUACAACGCAAUCUGUACGGAGCAGUCUACGCAGUACUGUCUCUCAAAUAUUUACUGGUCCAACUCCUCUCCCCUAGUAAUACCCAGAAAACUUGCGCAUCAUUGUUCGUUGGCCAAUAAUCGGCGGUCCAGUGCCUCCGACGCCGACCGCCGCCAGACGAUCUUGUAGCUCCCCUCCAAGCAGACAAAUCUCACUGCGCAAAAUGACGGACACCAGUGCUACGUCAGACAUCCCAAAGAGGGAUACGAACCAGCAGUCUUCAGCUGAUACUGAUAGCGAAGCAGAGGAUGUCUUUCACGAUGCCCGGUUCCCCGCUGAAGAAGAAGCCCGUCUCCUAAAAGUAUCUCAGACAAUUAAAUCGGAAGCAAAUAAACUGUUUACGUCUGCAUGCUACGACCAAGCGAUAUCCUCUUACGACCGUGCUCUCGCCUCGUGUCCGAACUACCUCGAUUACGAUGUCGCGGUUCUCCGGAGUAAUAUCAGCGCAUGCUAUCUGAAAUUGGAGGACUGGAAGGCGGCUGUCGAUUCUGCAACAGCAUGUCUUGCUUGUUUGGAUCGGGUGAUUUCUCCCUCCGCACAGCAGGAUACUGAUAAAUCGAAGGAAACGGCCGAGCCCCAUGAAGACGCCGUGGUUGAGAUAUCCGGAGAUGACGAAGCGGCAGAAAAAGAGGAACUAGAACGACUGCGAAAUAUUGAUGAACAGAAGCGCAAUAUUGAACGGAUACGAGCCAAAGCCCUCACGCGACGGGCUAAAGCACGGUCCCAACAAGGCGGCUGGGCAAAUCUUCAAGGAGCAGAAGAGGACUACAAAACACUUGUUUCCAUGGAUAAUUUGCCACCGGAUGACAGACGGGUUGCCCAAAAGGCUCUUCAGGAACUUCCUGCGAGGAUAAACCAGGCGCGGGAGAAGGAGACGUCGGAAAUGAUGGGCAAACUGAAGGAUUUGGGAAAUGGUAUUCUCAAACCGUUUGGGCUGUCUACGGACAACUUCAACUUUGUUCAAGAUCCCAAGACAGGUGGUUACAGCAUGAAUUUCCAGUGAUAGCAUAUUGAUCAUAUUCUGCAUUUAGAUUUGUGUGCAUAAUAGCGAACGGGUCUACACAACACGAUUAAUGCUACCUUGACUGCAUAUCAAUCUUUCUCCCGCGUGUAAAUCCAUUAAGGACUGAGCUUUCAGUAUUCAAGAUAAUCAACAAUAUAUUUCGAGGAUUCCGUAAAUACAAAUUGAUUUACAGACAC